UCUCCUUUUCGGACGCCGACUCCUUGAUGCGGCUGCGACCGCUAAGGCGUUCGCCGAAUCGCUUGCCGUCCACUUCGAGCCACACUGACUGGCUGCUAACGCUGAAUCAACAAGAAAGCUGUCUGCGUGUCCGUCUGGCUUUCAGUUUGCGUCCGGUAAGUUAACUUCGUACCAGUCGACUUCACCAUGCUGCUAAGUGCUCUACUCCCUAAGCCAAGGCUCCAUCCAUUGCCGGUCAGUCUGUUGAUCCAUUUGCCGUCCACCAGACGAUCAGCGCUCGUCAUCUGGCCGUCUUGCUGGCGCAGCCACACUGUGAAACGGGGAAGCCCGCAGCCAACGCCGCUAACGACGACGAAGAAAACGACAUAGCCUGCAGUAAGAUUUACAUUCCGGCCGAUAGACGGCGCAGCGGGUCUUCUCGGCCCGAUACAUUUUCAGAAGCCUGCCAAGAGAGGAAACUAGUACGGUGACGAAGACUUCGUGGCAGUUGCUGUGAAUGCGACUACAGACAACGGCGAAAGGCAGCGGGAGAACAAGCGCUUUGGGUACGGACCCACUGGUGGUCGUCACAAAGGCAAACGGCUAUAGACGGCACUACGGCGGCAGGGCAGCCUCGGGGAUUGAGUGCUUUGGUGGUCGGAGGACACUGGUGAGAGUUGUUGUUGUCGUUGGCAGGUAGGCAACCAAGCUGGAUUGUGGCAGAUAGGUCGCGAAGGGAGGAGAUUUAAACAAGGAUUCGGACCUCUCGACACAGUCGGAGUGAUGAACAGUUAGAGAAACAAACACAGAAAUAGUGCUGCUGUUGGGCUCUGGUCACAGCUUCGCGUUCUCUAACGGUUCGCAGCAGUUAGAGGUCGCAGCCGGAGGAGAAUAGUAAACAUCUCCUGCUAUUGUGCCGAGUCUCGGAUGUGCUAGAACGAAAGCGUGAAGAGGCUGUGAAAGAAGAUACGAUCGAAAAACGAGACAAGCAUAGGAAGGGGUUGUGUCCUUGUGGUGAAUACGAAAAAAGCGGUGUAUUACAAUACGGUGAGAGGCAGUAUUUGUAUGCGAUUUGUGUAGCCGGUAAGGUAUAAGAGCACGAGGUGAAAUAUUAUAAGGAGGCACUCUAAUAUAUGUUGUGAAUCUCUGUGACGAAAGCCUGUAGGUGGUGAGAGGCACGACGUUCGCGAUCUAGCGAAUUCGAUUUUUCACGAAUUUCGUGUUAGUUUGCCCGGCAUUAUCAUGUGCUGCUCGGCGGUUACCUUGUCGCUGGCGACCAUCACCGCAGUCCUGGGACUUCUCUGCCUAACCGUUGCGUUUGGUACCGAUUCAUGGAUGGAGAUUCGCGUCAACCGAACUUUUGUUCGAAACUCGCUAACGAAGGACACCGAUGAAUAUCGUUCGUUCGAGACCCAGCUCGAGUAUUUCUCGAGGGAUGUUGGCCUACUAAGGAUAUGUUUCCCGGACAAGCGACCUAAAACAAUGAACACCUACAUGUCACCGCUACAGACCGACUGUGUUAACGUUAACUAUUACAUCCCUGAGGAUGAGGUAUCCGACCAGUUUUCAGAACAGCGUUGGGAAAGACUGCAUAUGGCGCGGUCCUGCGUUGCCCUCUUUAUCGUGUCCUUCUUUUUAUCUUUCCUCUCGUUCUGGACAGGCAUCGCGGGCUGUUGGAAAAGGUCCUACUCGAAUAUAAUCGCUACCGGUCUCCUGCAGAUCCUGGUUGCGCUCGUUGCCGGAGGAGCCAUGGGUCUUUGGCAUGGAGUGGAGUAUUACGACUACAAGAAGCUUCACGAUAAUCUCAGCUAUUACGCAUGGCCAGCGAUCCUGCGUCGCCCCGGGGUAACCCUGUUUUUCUACGGUUGGUCAUACAUGCUGGCCUGGCUAGGUGUGGCCUUCAGCUUCUUGACUGGGGUCCUUUUCCUCGGCUCAUCUCACUGCCUCCGUCGCGAGAAAGACAACGAGCAGGCAAAGAACAUGCAAUAUCUAAUGCCGGUAUAUCCUGACAAGCGGCAGCCAUACUCAGGAUACGGUUACGCCGCUUAUCCUGGGCCCUACCCACCAUAUCACCCGGGCUCGCAGUAUAGCAAUCCUUACGGAUACUAAAUGCUUGGAACAUAAUUAUAAGGCUUCGUCAUCAAAUGGCAGUGUACUCAGGCAUCGGUCAAAUAACCUCAUUUGGUAGGAAUGCUUAGUACCCUGUCUAACAGCGAGGGCUGUUGUUUUGCUUCCAGUUCAUGUCAAAUUUGCGUUAGAGACAUCGAUAUUAAUUGCUGAAGAGACAUAUCUUCUACAUGUAUGUAAAUUAGCGGACUGUGGCUGUCGAAACCAACUAGCGUUGGCAGAAGUUAUACCGUUAGCCCUUCAUUGCUCCCACUAUUGUGUAACAUUUCCUUAAUCUAAGACCAACGCUGAUUAAUGCAGACGAUAUAGAGCGCGCUAGCAUCAAUAAAAAGAGCAAAAUAAAAAGAGAGAAACAGAAAAAACGGAAGGGAAACGUCGAGCGCAGAGAAGACUCCAGGCUAAUCUAUUGAUUUGCUUGCCAGGUGCGAACGAAUGGACAAAGAUAGCUUAUGCAAGCCCCACACAGCCGUUGAGUAUCGUUGCAAACAGCGUCCCCUAGUCUUACCCAAUAAAACUACUGCGUUUUAUGUAUAGGUCCAGGUAUUUUGCGCACCUGUUUUUACGUUGGACAGACCCUUCGGAUGUUUAGCUUUUUCAAAGUAUUGUGCCUAACAGCUUUCGCUAUCGUUGCUCGAUUGCCACACGUUUCAUGCUCAUUCUUAUUUGAUAUCGGGACUAUUUGUUACAGUGAGCAAGUGCAUUUGUCGUAGGGUAGUAUGCAUAGAAUCACCAGUACACGUGUAUAUGUAUGACAGAGUACGACCUGCACGUUCGGGCAGGAGGAGGCAAUGCAGACAUUUUCGAAUGGCUGACGACGGUUGUCCAAGCCAUUGUAACAAAACUGAGUGUCUACCCGAUUCGUUUGAAACGAAUGAAAAAUGAUACAUUAGUUGGACAUGAAGUAUUAUCCUUAUUAUUACUAUUAUUAUUAUAGCAUGUUGUUAUAUUUGCUAAUUGGUGGUUGAUUCUAAACGUACGAAUCCGAUCAACGUACGUGCUCUGACCAUGAGACUUACAGGGAGCGUUUGAGAGAAAAACUGUCCGAAGGGGGCAUAGACUAGCCUUAAUAUUUGACCACUAAAAUAUAAUACUUGUGAGCCUGGCUAGAAAUUGACUGCACACUUUUUUUGGUUCAUUCGUUGCCCAUCGAGGGCAUAAAUGUGCAUAGCAUGUACAUACAAAUAUAAUAUUAAGCUAGUGUAGCAAUCUUCGCAAAACGGAAUCAUAGUCGUUGAAGUAGAAUAGUAAAAGGCUGAACCAUAUAUAUAUAUAUAUAUAUAUAUAUAUAUAUAUAUAUAUAUAUAUAUAUAUAUAUAUGUAUGUGUGUAAUGUAUGUAAGAAUGUACUUCAUUCCGGCGCGGAAUGGCCAUAAUGGUGAGUGGUAGCUCUGGGGUAUCCGAGCGUGUUGAUGACAUCGAGUAUUGGUUAAACCAGUUAUUGUACCCAGAUAAAUCAAGCCGGACAAUGAUCCCCUGCUCUUUCAGUGCUCACAAGGCCAACAAUAAGAAAAACGCGUACUGUUUGUUGCUAUUAAGCAAAGAGGAAAGGACACAGCGUUACCUAUUUAAACCGAGAAAUUGUAAAAGUAACAUUAAAAAACGAGCACGUUCAUUUUGAUACGCCUACUACUUUCACAUCAUCAAACAUAGUCUUCGAUAAGUCAUUUUUUUUUAACUCAUAUAAGGAUUAGACUGUGCGUCGGUCCUAUUUAUAACCCAAUCUUUUACAUUCGGAUAGUUAGGACCUUAAAUUCGAACGUUCAGCAGAGUAAAAAUUGCUCUAGGCUUCUAUAACUAUUGAUUUUUUUCGUGUUGUCUAUCGUCGGAACGUCAAUUUUUUUAUAGUGAGUGUCCGCCAUACAUGAUACAUCGAUGAAUUAGAUGAAAAUUGAUCGAUAACUUCAAAUUGUUUAAUAAGAUUUUUCUUAACUUAGGUAGACUGCUUCGAAGCAUCCCGUUACGUCUAUUCAAAUUACCAUCGAUAGUAUUUAUAGCUUCUGUAACGCGUUUGUAUUUCCAUGGGACCAAUGCGCAACCAGCUCCCUUCAUAUUUAGAAGGGGGCAAUUGUCGAUCUGUCGCAGUACAACGACACUUGUUAAUGGUAUUACCACUAAUACGCUAAUACAUGAUAUAUAUAAAAAUAUCCUAUAGCCUCGUUAGGUCUAACCUUGACUUGUUUCGGAGUGAUACGAUUGUAUCUCGGUUUGAUUAGGAACUAAGAAACAGCUCCAUAUCUAAUAUGGCCACUAUAGGAUGUUGGCUAUCCAGCGUAUGCUCGAAGCAACGAACGGGAAAUCCCCUAUAAGGUUUUUACUUUCUAUUAUUAUUAUUAUUAUUAUUAUUAUAUAGGUAUACAUAAUAAAUAAUUACAUAUGCCUAAUGCUCAUAUCUAGUAAGAAUGAUGACGGUAUGCCUGCGUGCGGUGAGGCUUUCAUAGAUAAAGUAACGUCGGUUGAUUGAAUAAAUUGCCCGGCACGAUUUGUCCGUUCAGUGA